UUCCUGCUUGUCCCCAACCGUCACCCGGGCAUGUUUGUCAGCCGGAGUGGCCCCAGAGUGUCCCCAAGGCAUCCCCAGAGUGUCCCUGGAGUGUUCCUGGAGUGUCCCCAGCUGCCAUGGAGCCCCUUGAGCUGUCCCCGGCCCUGCUGCAGCCACAGGACACCAUGGUGGCCAUCCUGGGCGAGCUGCUGGCCACCCUGCCCAGUCUGGAUGAGACGCUGUCCGUGUCCCUAAGAUGCCUGUACUUGGACCUGGUGAAAUUCACCAGGGACCUCCGGGCCACCCUGUACCGCACUGAUGACACAUGGUGGCAUCGGGAUGUCACCACGGAUGAUGAUGACCCUCCCACCUCCCGGAGCCAGGCCCUGGCUGCCUACGAGAGCACCCCAUUUAACAUGCAAAAGGAUAUGAUAUGGAGGGACUUCAUACGGCAGUGGUCGGUGCAUGCGCUUGUGAACAGCUGGGCCGAGCUGGCCAGGGCGGCCACCAAGCUCCGUGACACCUGCAGGGAUUUGGCCACCAAGGCGGCCACUGAGGCGGCCAAUGCCACUGCCCGGGCCAGGGAGCUGCAGGACAAGGCUGCCCGUUAUGGGACAGCUCAGGAAAACAUGGUGGAGCUGGGUCAGGCCCUGGGCAGGGAGGAGGGGGCUGAGGUGGUGGCCAGGCGUGAAGCCCAGGUGAGGAGAGAGGCCAGGGUGGCUGCCAGUGAGGCAAGAAGGGCCACCAUGGAGAGACAGUGGAUGGAGGUGGCCCUGGGGCUGCUGGAGCGCUUGGUGGCCGCGUCUGAAGAAGCCACCGCGUUCCCCCGGGAGCUGCAGCGCCUGCUCAGGGGCACCAAAGCCACCCUGGAGGGGACAAAUGAGGCAUCCCCCGAUGUCCCCAAGGACGUGGUGAAUAAAUUGGCCAUGGCUGAGCGGCUGUGGGAGGCCAAUGCCCGACAGGCUAUGCGUCACCUGGUAGGGACACUUCCAGACACCAUCAAGUUCUUGUUCACUGGUGAUCCCACCAGCCCCAGUGUCUGUGGGGUGGCCGAGCGGUGCCAAAGAGCCAUCGAGGACAUCCCAAGACUCCUUCAACCCCCAGAGUGUCCUCAGAGUGUCCCCAAGGUGUCUCCAGUGAGCAUGGAGGUCCAAGAGCUGACUCCGGCCCUGUUGCAGCCACAGAUCACUGUGGUGACCAUCCUGGGCGAGCUGCUGGCCACCCUGCCCAGUCAAGACGAGAUGAUUCUGCUCAGCUAUGCAGGGAGACUGUGCAAGGACCUGGAGGACAUCACCAAGGACCUCCGGGUCACCCUGUACUGCACUGAUGACACCUGGUGGCACAGCAAUGUGACCUCCGAUGAUGAUGAUGAUGCUCCCACCUCCGAUGAUGAUGAACCUCCCGUCUGCUUGAGCCGGGCUCUGGCUGCCUGGGAGAACACCCCAUGGACCCCCCAGAACCGUGUGACACGGGAGGCCAGCAAGUGGCAGCGGUCGCUAGCUGUGCUUGUGGACAGCUGGGCCAAACUGGCCACGACAGCCACCCAUCUCCACGAAAUCUGCAGCUGGAUGGCCACUGAGGCAGCUGACAUGGUGGCCACCGCCCAGGCCUGGGAGCUGCAGGCCGUGGCUGCCCGUUAUGGGACAGCUCAGGAAAACAUGGUGGAGCUGGGUCAGGCCCUGGGCAGGGAGGAGGGGGCCGAGGUGGUGGCCGGGCAUGGAGCCCAGGUGAGGAGAGAUGCCAUGGUGGCUGCCAGCUGGGCAAGAAGGGCCACCACGGUGAGACAGCGGGUGGAGGCGGCCCUGGGGCUGCUGGAGCGCUUGGUGGCUGCGUGUGACGAAGCCACGGCGUUCCCCAGGGAGCUGCAGUGGCGGCUUAGGGACACCAAGGCUGCCCUGAAGGGGACAAAUGAGGCAUCCCCUGAUAUCCCCGAGGACUUGGUGGCCAAGGUGGCCGAGUGUGAGCAGUUGUGGGAGGCCAAUGCCCGUCUGGUCAAGGAUCACCUGUUGAGGGCAGUUGACGACAUAAUCAAGUUCUAUUUUGAUGGUGGUCCCGUCAGCCCCAGUGCCUGUGAGGUGGCCGAGCGGUGCCAAAGAGCGAUUGAGGACAUCCCAAGGCUCCUCAGACCCCUGGAUCAUCUCCAAGAUGUCCCCAGGGUAUCCCCAGUGAGCAGGGAGCUACAAGAGCUGUCCCUGGCCCUGCUGCAGCCACAGGUCACCGUGGUAGCCAUCCUGGGCGAGCUGCUGGCCACCCUGCGCAGUCAGGCCAAGAUGAAGGUCGUGUCGGCAUUGCGCCUGUACUGGGAUCUGGUGGACUUCACCAAGGACCUCUGGAUCACCCUGUACUGCACUGAUGACACCUGGUGGCGCCGGAAUGUGACCUCCGAUGAUGAUGACCCUGUCACCUCCUUGAGCCAGGCCCUGACUGCCUUCAAGAGCAUCCUAUGGACUCGCUGGAACCAUGUGACAAUGGUGGCCAGCAUGUGGCAGGGGUCAGUGGCUGCGCUUGUGAACAGGUGGGCCCAGAUGGUCAGGAAGGCCACCAAGCUCCGUAACACCCGCAGGAGGGUGGCCACUGAGGAAGCCAACAGGGUGGCCUCCGCCACCACCUGGGCCAGGGAGCUGCAGGCCAAGGCUGCACGUUUUGGGACAGCUCAGGAAAACAUGGUGGAGCUGGGUCAGGCCCUGGGCUGGGAGGAGGGGGCCAAGGUGGUGGCCGGGCAUGGAGCCCGGGUGAGGAGAGAGGCCAGGGUGGCUGCCAGCGAGGCAACAAGGGCCACCGUGGAGAGACAGCGGGUGGAGGCGGCCCUGGGGCUGCUGGAGCGCUUGGUGGCCGCAUGUGAUGAAGCCACCGCGUUCCCCCGGGAGCUGCAGCGCAGGGUUGGAGACAUCGAGGCCACCCUGAAGGGGACAAAUGCGGUGUCCCCUGAUGUCCCCGAGGACUUGGUGGCCAAGGUGGCCAUGGCCAAGCAGCUGUGGGAGGCCAACACCCGCCUGGCCAAGGAUCACCUGCUGGGGACACUUCAAGACACCAUCAAAUUCUUGUUCACUGGUGGUCCUGCCAACCUCAGUGAGGUGGCUGAGAGGUGCCAAAGAGCCAUCGAGGACAUCCCAAGGCUUGUUCGCCCCCAGGAGGGUCCCCAAGGUGUCCCCAAGGUGUCCCCAGUGGGCAAGGAGCUCCAAGAGCUGUCCCCGAACCUGCUGCAGCCACAGGUCGCCGUGGUAUCCAUCCUGGGCGAAUUGCUGGCCACCCUGACCAGUCUGGAUAAAAUGAUUCUGCUCGAGUCUCCAGGGUGCCUGUACAAGGACCUGGAUGAAUUCACCAAUGAGCUCUGGGAGACCAUGGAGUGCAUUAAGGGCAUCUGGUGGCGCGUCGAUAUCACCUUGAACGGGGAUUUCUCUCUCAUCUCCCUGAACCAAGCCCUGGCCGCCUACAAGAGCACCCCAUGGACCACCUGGGACGAUGUGACAGAGGAGGCACUCAAGUGGCAGUGGUCAGUGGAUGCCCUUGUGAACAGCUGGGCCAAGCUCACCAGGGCAGCCACUGAGCUCCGCAACACCUGCAGGGUGAUGGCCACCAAGGUGGCCACUGAGGCAACCAACACAGUCGCCCGGGCCAGGGAGCUGCAGUACAAGGUUAACCAUUAUUGGACGGCUCAGGAAAACAUGGUGGAGCUGGGUCAGGCCCUGGGCAGGGAGGAGGGGGCCGAGGUGGUGGCUGGGCAUGAAGCCCAGGUGAGGCAAGAGGCCUGGGUGGCUGCCAGCGAGGCAACAAGGGCCACCAUGGAGAGACAGCGGGUGGAGGCAGCCCUGGGGCUGCUGGAGCGCUUGGUGGCCACGUGUGACGAAGCCACCGCGUUCCCCCGGGAGCUGCAGCGCAGGGUUGGGGACAUCAAGGCUGCCCUGGAGGGGACAAAUGAGGCAUCCCCUGAUGUCCCUGAGGCCUUGGUGGCCCAAGUGGCUGUUGCUGAGCGGAUGUGGGAGGCCAAUGCCCGCCUGGUCAAGGAUCACUUGACGGGGACACUUAAAGACAUCAAGGACUAUUUCAAUGGUGGUUCCGCCAGCUCCAGUGCCUGUGGGGUGGCCGAGCGGUGCCAAAGAGCCAUCGAGGACAUCCCAAGGUUCCUUCGAUGCCCAAAGCAUCCCCAGAGCGUCCCCAAGGUGUCCCCCUUGAGUAUGGAGCUCCAAAAGCUGUCCCUGGCCGUGCUGCAGCCACAGGUCACAGUGGUGGCCACCCUGGGUGAGCUGCUGGCCACCCUGCCCAGUCAGGCCAAGAUGAUGCUGCCUGUGUCCAUGGCAAGCCUGUGCUGGGACCUGGUGUUCUUCACUGAGAAACUCCGGGUCACCCUGUACUGCACUGAUGAUGCCUGGUGGCACUGCAAUGUCACCUCCGAUGAUGAUGGCCCUGUCACCUCCUUGAGCCAGGCCCUGACUGCCUACAGGAGCACCCCAUGGACGACUCGGAAUCAUGUGACAAUGGUGGCCUGUGAUUGGCAGGGGUUGGUGGCUGUGCUUGUGAGCAGGUGGGCCCAGCUGGCCAGGAAAGCCACCAAGCUCCGUGACACCUGCAGGGAUUUGGCCACUGAGGCGGCUGACAAGGCGGCCACCACCACCACCCGGGCCAGAGAGCUGCAGGACGAGACUGCUCAUUAUGGGACAGCUCAGGAAAAUAUGGUGGAGCUGGGUCAGGCCCUGAGCAGGGAGGAGAGGGCCGAGGUGAUGGCCAGGCAUGAAGCCCAGGUGAGGAGAGAGGCCAGGGUGGCUGCCAGCGAGGCAACAAGGGUCACCAUGGUGAGACAGCGGGUGGAGGCAGCCCUGGGGCUGCUGGAGCGCUUGGUGGCCGCGUGUGACGAAGCCACCGCGUUCCCCCGGGAGCUGCAGCGCCUGCUCAGGGACAUCGAGGCCACCCUGAAGGGGACAAAUGCGGCGUCCCCUGAUGUCCCUGAGGACUUGGUGGCCAAGGUGGCCAUGGCUGAGCGGCUGUGGGAGGCCAACGCCCGCCUGGCCAAGGAUCACCUGCUGGGGACACUUCCAGACAUCAUCAAAUUCUUGUUCAAUGGUGGUCCCGCCAGCCCCAGUGCCUGUGUGUUUGCCGAGAGGUGCCAAAGAGCCACUGAGGACAUUCCAAGGCUCAUUCGACCCCUGGAGCAUCCUCAGAGUGUCCCCAAGGUGUCAGCAGUGAGCAUGGAGCCCCAAAAGGUGUCCCCUCCACAGCUGCAGACGCUGGUGGCCGUGGUGGCCACCCUGGGUGAGGUGGUGGCCGCCGUGACUGGGCCACACUGGGGUACGUGCCUGCGUGACUCCCCAGACUCCCUGCAUAAGGACCUGAAGAACUUCACCCAGAGCCUCCGUGCGAUCCUGAACCAUGGCGGUGUCACCUCCCUUGGCCACCCUGGUGUCCCCUCCCUGAGAAGGGCCCUGGCCACCCUCUGGGCCACCCCUGGGACCCCCUGGGCUGAUGUGAGAGCUGCAGCCAAGGCAUGGCAGAAGUUGGUGGCCAGGCUUGUGGACAGCUGGGACUGGCUGGCCAGGGAGGCCACCAAACUCUGUGACAUCUGGGGGAAGGUGGUCCCAGACCAGCAGCUGAUGGUGGCCCUGGGCAAGGAGGUGGUGGCCUUGGAAAUGGCCACGCACAAUGCCCAGGUGGCAGCAGCCACCAGUGAGGCCAUGGGAGAGGCUGUGGCGGCCACCAGGAGGGGACAUUGGGCAGAGGUGGCCCUGGGGCUGCUGCAGCGCUUGGUAGCCACCUGUGACAGAGCCACCUUGUUCUACUGGAACAUGGAGUGGUGGCUCAGGGACAUGAAGGCCAUCCUGAAGGGGACAAAUGAGGUGUCCCCUGAUGUCCUCCAGGCCUUGGUAGCCAAAGUGGCCAAGUUUGAGUGGCUGUGGGAGGCCAGCACCCACCUGGCCAAGGAUCACCUGCUUGGGACACUUGGGGUCAUCGACAACAUCCUCUUGAGUCCCUGUGGUGGCUGGGGUGGCCCCGGUGGCCCUGGCAGCUGCACAGUGGCCAAGCAGUGCCAAAAAGCCAUUGAGGACAUCCCGAGGCUGCUGCAGGAAAGUUUCACAUGGGAGCACUGACAUCAUUGGGGACAUCGCUGCUGUCACCUGUGCAGUAUUUGAGACAGAUUUGGGGAAUUUUCUGGGAAUUUUCAAUGAUACUGUCCCAAAUCCUGAUGGGAAUUCCUGGGGUGACAUCACUGGGGACACUCUGGGGACACUCAGGGACACUCUGGGGACAGUCAGGGAAAGGGGACAGGGGUGAAUGAGUCCCCUCAAGAGCUUCCAGCUUUCCACUGUGCCUGCAGCCCAGCUGGGUCAUAAAUGCCAAUUUAAUAAUUGCCUUUUGCACUUUUGUAUUGCCUUUUACGCAUUGUUAUUGAUCACCACCAAUUUGAUACGGUGUUCGAUACCGAUAUUGAUUAUUGAUGAUUCAUUGUAGCUGCUGGUUGGUGCAAUAUAAUCUCUUAGUUCAUGUGUGCACCAUACAGCCUAUUAAUAAAUGAAUGAAUGAAUGAAUGAAUGAAUGAAUGAAUGAAUGAAUGAAUGAAUGAAUGAAUGAAUGAAUGUCCUCUGUAUUCACACCGGGCUGAUCUGAAGUCUGUGUCAGACACAUCACUUGACCAUUGUCACUGCCAUAUUUUCUGAAAAAAUCCUCUUUGCCCAGGAUUCUUCUCGUGGGAAGCCGUGAAGCUUCAGAGAAAAAAGAAAACUAUUAUCUGAUUUGCUUCUCCUGUGUUUUGCUGCUUUGGAAUGUGGUUGGAGAUUGUUUAUGCAACAUGUGAAUUGUUUUUACUUAAUGACCAAUCACCAUCCAGCUCUGUUGGGACUCUGGAAGGAGUCACAAGUUUUUAUUACUCAUUCUUGUUAAGCCUUCUGUCUGUAUCCUUUCUCUAUUCUUUAGUAGAUAUUCAGUAUAUCACUCUUUAAUAUAAAGCAAUACCAUAAAAUAAUAAAUUAGCCUUCUAGGAA